GGACACCGUCAGUACAUGCAGGUGGGCUCAGUCUAUCAGGUAACACUGACAGACAGCAGCUCACAGGUAUGUGUGAGGCUUCGGGUAAAUCAGACAGGUGGCGCUGCGGGUGCCCUGCACAGGAGCAGACCUGCUGAAGCUUCAUGAGUGUCUGUGAUGGGGUCAGUCAUCCUGAAAUAUCUCACUCCUGUAUAAACUCUUACCUGUGCAGGUAAAUGCAGUACAUGAGGUUGUUUUAGUGACCUGAGAGCCACUGAUUCCUUUCAGAGCAGCUAAAGUCCAGUUUGCUCUUUUGCAGAUGUUCCUGCUGUGCUCUCCAGGGCACGCAGAGGCCAUCUGAGCCUGAGCUCGGGUGGAGCGUCGGACAUGAACAACGCCCUAAACUUCUGCAUCAGCCGCAGACGCAAACGGGAAGUCUGCUUAUCAGCUGCUAACCGCUCGGGAAGAUGGUGGAAGUUUCCCACUCGUUAGCUUCUGAGGACUGAAGCAGAGCUGCACGUCUGAGCGUGACGUCCGUGUGAGGCCAGGUGACAGCAGUGCAGUAAAUCAGAAUACUUUAUUAAUCCCGAAGGAAAUUAUGGUGGAAAAAUGGAAAAUGCUUCAGAGUAGAAAUGCAGCUCGCCCCGCUGAGCUCUGAUUGGUCUCUGAUUGGGUGUGGGUUGUGGAGUGGAUGGCGGGGAGGUAAUAGGAAGCAGGUACGUCAAGGCUUCUAUACUUCUGAGGACAUGACAGUUUUCAAAAGUCUACAAACAAAACCAGCUAGCCUGAAGUGAGAAGAGGAAGACACACACGGGUCCUCACAGAGGCACAAAUACCAGACACACACACACACACACACACACUUGGAUUGCAUCACCAGGGGAGGGGACAGCACAGCAGCUCUGAGAUCAGACAGAACGCCUCAGACCACAGAUGGGACAACUGCUGACAGUAUUACUACCAAUACUACCAGUACCGCUGAUACUGGGAGAGAGUACUGUCAGUACUAGUCUGAGGUGAGCUGAAAAACAUCUGCUGCAGCUGUGACUCGGUGAAGAAGAAGAAGAAGAAGAAGAAGAAUGAGGGGGCUCACUGGGACUCUCCUGGUCUUCGUCUGCCUGCUGGCGUUCGUCUGUAGCGUCUCUCCUCCUCUUCCUCACCCCACAGAUGAAUGUCCUUUUAUGGCCAUCCGUCUGCGGACCUUCCGGCUCAGGCCUACCUGUAAUGGGACAACUCUGAAGGAAAAGCAGCUGAAGGAGAUCCAGGCUCCAGCCACCAACCUGUACCUGCCCAUCCUCUACCUGCUCGCCUUUGUGGUCGGUCUGCCCUCCAACUUGCUGGCUCUCUGGGUUCUGGUGUUCCGGACCAAACAGUUGCCGUCCACCACGCUGCUUAUCAAUCUGACAGUGGCCGACUGCCUGCUACUGAUGGCGUUGCCAUUUCGGAUCGUCUACCACUUCAGGGGGAACAACUGGGAGCUCGGCGAGCCCUUCUGCCGCUUUGUCAUGGCGAUCUUUUACGGCAACAUGUACGGCUCCAUGUGGUGUCUGGCUUUUGUGGCCCUGGACCGAUACAUCGCUUUGGUCCACCCAUUUCGCGCCAGGACUCUGCGCAGCCAGCAGAUGUCUCUGUGUAUGUCAGUGGUGGUGUGGACAGUGGUUCUGGUUGCCAUGCUGCCGCUGCUGCUGUCACGGCAGACCUAUGAAGUCAGCACGCUGCAGAUCACCACUUGCCACGAUGCGCUUCCAGAGGAUGAGCAUGAGAACUACUUCUUGCCGUAUUUCGCCACCCUGUUCGCCACCUGCUUCCUGCUACCCUUAGCCAUCGUCCUGUACUGCCACAGCACUGUGCUGCGCACCUUGCUGGCUGAGGGAAAAUUCUACGGUCACGCCAUCCGGGUGACGGUACUGGUGCUGCUGGUCUUCAUUGUGUUUCUGUUGCCGAGCAACAUCCUCCUCCUCCUCACCUAUGCUGACAGCUCACUGGAUGGAGAUGGAGAGGACCUCUACAUGCCCUACAUGGUGAGCUUGGCGGUGAGCACCUUCAACAGCUGCAUCGACCCGUUCAUUUUCUACUACGUGUCCACGGAGUUCAGGCAAAAGGCCAAGAGCACUCUGUGCUGCCACUGUGAUUCUGAGGAUAAAACAUACUCUCUGGUCAAGAAUGUGUCAUCUUUAUCGUCAGGCCCAAGGUCAAAGGUCACCCUGCUGUCCAUGUCCAGUCGACAGAGGCCACCUGAGAUGCCAUGCAGCUCCCAGGAGAACAGAGUAACGGACACCUGACUGCAGACUGUCACGCAAAUGUCUUCAAA